GUUCCAGUAGCCAGAGCCAGCAUUCUCUGGCUCAUCGGCGAGUACUGUGAACGAGUUCCAAAGAUUGCACCUGAUGUUUUGAGAAAGACAGCGAAGAGCUUCACUAAUGAAGAUGACCUUGUAAAGUUGCAGAUCCUAAAUUUGGGUGCAAAACUCUAUUUAACAAACUCGAAGCAGACAAAAUUGCUUACCCAGUAUGUAUUAAAUCUCAGCAAGUAUGAUCAAAGCUACGACAUCAGAGACCGUACAAGAUUUAUUAGGCAGCUUAUUGUUCCGAAUGAGAAGAGUGGAGCUUUAAGCAAAUAUGCCAAAAAAAUAUUUCUGGCACAGAAACCUGCCCCGCUGCUUGAGUCUCCUUUUAAAGAUCGGGAUCAUUUCCAGCUUGGCACCCUGUCUCACACGCUGAACAGCCGAGCCACUGGCUACCUGGAGCUGUCCGACUGGCCAGAGGUGGCGCCUGACCCCUCAGUCCGAAACGUCGACGUAGCUGAGUCGGCAAAGGAAUGGACUGGAAUUCUAGGUAAGACGAAGAAAGAGAAACCUACUGAAAAGUUCUUUUCGGAAGAGGAGGAAGAUGAGUCUGCCAGUACCAGUGCAUCAGAGAGGGAGUCUAGCAGUGAAAGUGAGAAGGAAGAUGAGGAAGACAGCAGUGGUGAGAGUAGUGGGAGUUCCUCUUCCAGUGAAGAAUCAAGUGACAAUGAAUCAGACAGCAAAGAAAGUACUGCAAAGAAAACAUCUAGAGCUGCUGAUGACAGUGAUUCAGAGGAUAUUAAAAAGAAAGCAAUGGGAAGCUCCAAAAAAAGAAGCACAUCCAGUUCCUCUGAUACAGAGUCCAAUUCAUCAGAAGAAAGUUCUUCAGACUCCAAGUCAGAAUCAGACUCUAAAAGUGACUCGGAGUCUGGAAAAUCUAGAAGUGCUAACUCUAGUAAGAAAGAAGAAAAAACAGUGCAAGGUAGAAAAGCUCCAAAUAAACAAGACGUGUUUCUCUUAGAUUUAGAUGAUUUCUGUCCUGUGACAACUCCUGUGGCAGUUCCUACAGCAGCUGUUUUGUCACCAAGUUUAACAGCAGACCUAGAGGGAUUAAGUCUGUCCAGUUCAUCAGUCAUUGAUGUCACUAGGCAAGCCUCUGUGCCAACAAAAACACAUGAACUGCUUCAUCGAAUGAGUGGAAAAGGAUUAGCAGCCCAUUAUCACUUUUCAAGACAGCCAGGUGUUUUUGGUGAUCGUAUGGUAUCUGUACAAGUGACAGUAACAAAUACAACUGAUCAGAAGAUAGACAAUAUUCACAUCGGGGAAAAGAAAUUACCUCCAGGCAUGAGGAUGCAUGAGUUUAAUCCAAUAGAGUGCCUUGAGCCUGCGAGAUCCAUUACCGUUUCAAUGGGUAUCGACUUCUGUGAUUCUACUCAGACAGCCAGUUUCCAGUUGUGCACAAAGGAUGAUCAUUUCAAUGUUAACAUUCAACCGCCUGUUGGAGAACUGCUUUUCCCUGUCACUAUGUCAGAGAAAGACUUUAAGAAGGAGCAAGGGAUGCUGACAGGAAUGAAUGAGACAUCUGCUACAAUAGCUGUUGCUCCGCAGAACUCUACUAGGCUUGUAAUAAUUGAGAGGAUAGUGAAAGCAGCAAACCUGGGUGUAGUGCCUUCUGGUCAAGAUAACAUACAUAGGUUUGCAGCUAAGACUGUGCACAGUGGGUCACUGAUGCUAGUCACAGUGGAGCUGAAGGAGAGCACUACAGCACAGCUCAUCAUAAACACCGAGAAAACUGUGAUUGGUUCUGUUCUGCUGCGGGAGCUGAAGCCUGUCCUGUCCCAGGGGUAACCUGCUUACAUCUGGACUUCAGAGUCUGGCACAAAACAAAAGUGCCUGGCAUCCACUACCGCUGCCUUUCAUUUAUAAUAAUAGCCCUUCCAUCUGGCAGUGGGGGAAGAAUACACUCUUGACAUUCUUGUCUUCUGCUUUAGAAUGCUAGUGUGUAUCUAUCAUGUAUGCAAGUACUUUCCUGUUUUUUCUGCUUGCUAUCCAAAGCACAUAUAUUUUACUGUCAGUUAUCUGCGCUCUUAAAUGUAUUUCACAUUUGUUCUACCCUAGUCCUUCUCCCUCUGCUCCCUUCCCCCACUACUUUUCUUCCCCAUCAGUUUUCCCCACUGUAGUGGACAAAUACUAGAUAAUAAAGUUCAAGGGAAAUCACACUGCUUGAAAACUGAGUUAAAAUGGCAGGUAGGUUCCAGCAACAUAUACAACAACUGAGUGGUUCAGAGAGGUUUUGUUGUGUAAGUGUAAAAAUACAAUAGGUACAGC